CCAAGGGAAGGGGAGAGAUUAAAAACUCCUGAUCGACGUGGAGGGAGAGAGUAAGAGAAGGAGGGAGAGAGAGAGAGGGGGAAAAAAGAGCUUAUCAUACACCUUUGCUCUUCUUAAUGCCCCCUGUGAGGGAUCGCCAUAGGCAGGGUGGUGAGUAACAGCGGGCAGAGGAGUAGCUGCCCACCACACUAGUCAGACCCAGGAGUGAGGAGAAUAUAAGGAAAGAAAAAGAUAAGAAAAGAAGAGGAUAUAUCCUUUGAAGAACCAAACUUAGAGCAAAGCAACGAGACACAUCACCUGUUCUGUGCCCACCUCUUCGAAAAGUAUUAUUAAGAUUAACCCCCAUGACAUAAAGUAGUGUUCUCUGUGUUCCUGAUUCCGCUGGGUUCUAGAGUGUGUCAGUAUUCGUGUCUGGGCUGUGGUCAUGGUGUCUCAGCUCCAGGGGUGUGCUUUGCAUCGGACAGACAGGAUCUGUCACAGAGGCAGCCUGAUUAGGCUCUUACUUCUACUCUACUGCUCUCUCAUGACCGCCCAGGCUGCCAAACCCAAAGGCCCGGGUGGCACACACCUCAACUCCAUCCGCAUCGACGGAGACAUCUCCCUGGGAGGCCUGUUCCCUGUGCACGCCAGGGGCAACGAAGGCAAGGCCUGUGGCGAGCUGAAGAAGGAGAAGGGGAUCCAUCGUCUGGAGGCCAUGCUGUUCGCCCUGGACCGUAUCAACAACGACCAUUCCCUGCUGCCCAACAUCACGCUGGGAGCACGCAUUCUAGACACGUGUUCCCGGGACACCCACGCCCUGGAGCAGUCACUUACCUUCGUCCAGGCCCUCAUCGAGAAGGACGGGACGGACGUCAAGUGUCUUGGCGGGGGAGCACCCAUCAUCACCAAGCCUGAGAGGGUAGUGGGAGUCAUUGGAGCCUCGUCCAGCUCUGUGUCCAUCAUGGUGGCCAACAUUCUGCGGCUCUUCAAGAUCCCCCAGGUGAGUUACGCCUCCACGGCCCCGGAGCUGAGCGACAACACACGUUAUGACUUCUUCUCGCGCGUGGUGCCCCCAGACACCUACCAGGCCCAGGCCAUGGUGGACAUCGUCAAGGCCAUGCGCUGGAACUACGUCUCCACCGUGGCGUCAGAGGGCAACUACGGAGAGAGCGGGGUGGAUGCCUUCAUACAGAAGUCUCGAGAGGAUGGAGGUGUGUGCAUCUCUCAGUCGGUCAAGAUUCCCCGGGAGCCGAAACAGGGAGAGUUUGAUAAGGUCAUUCGCAGACUAAGAGAAAACCCAAAUGCAAGGGUGGUCAUUAUUUUUGCCAAUGAGGAUGAUAUCAGGCGGCUACUCCAAGCAGCCAAGAAGGCCAACCAAACUGGCCAUUUCAUCUGGGUGGGCUCAGACAGCUGGGGCUCAAAGAUCUCUCCAGUGUUACACCAGGAGGAGAUGGCAGAGGGAGCAGUCACCAUCCUGCCCAAACGCCAGUCCAUCAGAGGGUUUGAUCGUUACUUCAUCACCCGCACACUGGAGAACAACAGGAGGAAUAUCUGGUUUGCUGAGUUCUGGGAGAACAACUUCGCCUGCAAGUUGAGCCGACAUGCUUUGAAGAAAGGGUCCGGGCUGAAGAAAUGUACAAAUCAGGAGCGGAUAGGGAAGGACUCCAACUAUGAGCAAGAGGGGAAGGUGCAGUUUGUUAUCGAUGCUGUCUAUUCCAUGGCCCACGCGCUGCACAACAUGCACAGGGAACUCUGUCCGGGGAAGGUGGGCCUUUGCUCCAGGAUGGAUCCCAUCAAUGGCACUCUACUGCUCAAACACAUCCGCAUGCUCAACUUCGCAGGAAUAGCUGGCAACCCAGUGCUCUUCAAUGAGAAUGGCGAUGCCCCUGGUCGCUAUGAGAUUUAUCAGUACCAGAUCAGAAACAGAACAGCUGAGUACAAAAUCAUCGGCCACUGGACCGAACAGCUCUAUCUGAACAUCCGAGCAAUGCACUGGCCAGGUGGAGGUCAUCAGAUCCCUUACUCCAUCUGCAGCCACCCCUGCCAGGCCGGAGAGCGCAAGAAGAUAGUGAAGGGCAUCCCUUGCUGCUGGCACUGCGAGCGCUGCAACGGCUACCAGUACCAGUCAGACACCUACAGCUGCAAGAUGUGUCGCUUUGACCUGCGUCCCAACGAGAACCACACUGCCUGCCGUCCCAUCCCCAUUGUCAAGCUGGAGUGGAGCUCCCCAUGGGCCAUCAUCCCUGUCCUCAUCUCCGUAGCGGGCAUCAUGGCCACUCUGUUCGUGGUGAUCACCUUCAUCCGCUACAACGACACACCCAUCGUCAAGGCGUCAGGCCGCGAGCUCAGCUACGUUCUGCUGACUGGUAUCUUCAUGUGCUAUGCCACCACCUUCCUCAUGAUUUCUGCCCCUGAUGUUGGCAUCUGCUCCCUCAGACGGAUCUUCCUGGGUCUGGGGAUGAGCAUCAGCUACGCAGCCCUGCUCACCAAGACUAACCGCAUCUACCGCAUCUUCGAGCAGGGAUCCAUGUCGGUGAGCGCCCCCAGGUUCAUCUCCCCAGCCUCCCAGCUGGUCAUCACCUUCAGCCUGACGUUGGUGCAGCUACUGGGUGUGUGUAUCUGGUUUGGGGUAGACCCGUCUCAGGCCAUCAUCGACUACGAGGACCAGCGCACGGCCAAUCCGGACAUGGCCCGUGGCGUGCUCAAAUGUGACAUCUCUGACCUUUCACUGAUCUGCCUGCUGGGUUACAGCAUGCUGCUCAUGGUCACCUGCACGGUGUACGCCAUCAAGACCCGGGGGGUGCCGGAGACCUUCAACGAGGCCAAGCCCAUCGGCUUCACCAUGUACACCACCUGUAUAGUCUGGCUGGCCUUCAUUCCCAUCUUCUUUGGCACCUCCCAGUCCACAGAGAAGAUGUACAUCCAGACCACCACUCUGACCAUCUCCGUGAGUCUGAGUGCCUCUGUCUCUCUGGGGAUGCUCUACUUGCCCAAGGUCUACGUGAUCCUCAGGCACCCGGAGCAGAACGUGCCCAAACGCACACGCAGCCUUAAGGCCAUGGUCACUGCCACCACCAUGUCCAACAAGUUCAACCCCAAGGCCAGCCUACGUCCCAAUGGAGAGGCCAAGACUGAGCUGUCUGAGAGCCUGGAAACACAAGGUGAGUUAAAAGGUGAAGACUUACAGUAUGUAUGCUAUAUACUGUACAUGCUAGAAUUAGCUGAGCGGAUCCUUGUGUUUGUGUUUAAUGUUUCUAAGAUUAAUUUAGUCCUUCAGGUGCUGUAAAUCACAUAAAUAAUUUGGUCUAAGAGGUAGAAGGUAGAAAGCACAGUAUCCAAUUCAUUAUUUACAAGCCACCUCAUGCCGUUGUUAUUUUACACUUCAAUGGAUUUAGGAAAUUGGCUGCCAUUGUUUUCAUUUUAAGUCUGUUUGUGAGUUGGGGGAGAUCUUAAAACAUUCCCUGAUAUGCUCAAAUACUCCACUGUGUGUAGGUCACAAAGAAGGGCAUCAGUACUAUUACACUAGCUACCUUAUUAUAAUGGACCUAUUGUGUUUCAUUUAACGUAUUAGAUCCAUUUAAAUUAUUGUUAUACACUGUCUACAACAACCAUGUUUUAUUUUCUAAUUGCAAUGCACUGAGUUGAUUCUCACAGAUAAACACUUGUGCUCAAUAUGGUGAUCAGGAAUCUACGUUUCCUUUUUUCACUGUUUGGCUCAGAUUUGUGGCACUGCUCAAAAUUUUCAAAGCCAUGACCUUUCUGAACCAGCUGAAAUUCUCGCUGUCUAAGUCCAUCUCACUCUAAUUUCAAUAGCAAUCAAAUGGCUUGGUGGUUUCUGGGACAGACUCAGGCUUUAUACAUCUGUGGUAAAUAAUGACUUCAACCAUUGACUCAGCAGAAAUUACUCAGGUGAUGGCCAAAAGACAAACACCUGACCGGCUUGCCUCCCAGAGAAAAGAAAAGUGAGGUCUGAGUUGGUCUGUCAACAGAGAUAGAAUACCUAUUUGUGGACAAAUCUUAAUGACGCACGCAUAUCAAUCUGAUUCAAUGUUCCCUGAGACCUACAGUAUUUUGGGGAUUAUUUAGCCCCUGCAAUAUUUCUUCUACCAAUAACAAAACUACAGUGAUGUGGGGAUAUUGUCCCCAAAAAAUACAUUGUGGACAAUAUACUUGUGUUUAUAAAGAAUGCAACAUUGUAAAUAUUUGAUAAAAAAUGUCUAUAAGGAUGCUGAGCAUGGACAUGCGUUACAGAACAUCGACAUAUAGGCCUAUAUCCUAAAAUACAUUUAUUUGGUUUAAUAACAACAACAGCUACAUUAAGCCACACAGUAACACAAUAAAUGAGAAGAGUAAAGACAGAGAUUCAAUAAUCAGCAUCCGAUUCUUGUCCUGGGCCAACCUGAGGACAACUAGACCCAUUCCGUAUAGACCUGGUCGGAUCCACAUCCCAUCUGAGUGGGGGGCUCCCGAGUGACGCAGCGGUCUAAGGCAGUGCAUCUCAGUGCAAGCAGGCGUCACUACAGACCCUGGCAUGAUUCCAGGCUGUAUCACAAAUGGCCGUGAUUGGGCGGCGCACAAUUCACCCAGUGUCGCCCAUGUUAAGGUUUGGCCGGGGUCGGCCGUAAAUAAGAUUUUUUCUUAACUUACUUGCCUAGUUAAAUAAAGGUAAAAAAAACAAUGCAGAGGUAUUUAAAUAAGCACCAUUUUUCAUUGUCAGGGUCAUUGCCAGUGUGGACACAGCAUGAUGUAAUUGAAAAAUUCCUGUCUCCCUCACCAGCUGACAUUAGUAGCAGGGACGGUAGGAUUUAUCCGCAGAGGAUCAGCCAACACGGUCUAGGGAAACAACUGGAUGGUCAAAGCCUUAUUACCCAGUAGACAGACAGGGGAUAGGAGAUGGAGGUCUGCGGAGACAACAGGAUGGUCGAAGCCUUAUUACCCAGUAGACAGACAGGGGAUAGGAGGUGGAGGUCUGGGGAGACAACUGGAUGGUCGAAGCCUUAUUACCCAGUAGACAGACAGGGGAUAGGAGGUGGAGGUCUGCGGAGACAACAGGAUGGUCGAAGCCUUAUUACCCAGUAGACAGACAGGGGAUAGGAGGUGGAGGUCUGCGGAGACAACAGGAUGGUCGAAGCCUUAUUACCCAGUAGACAGACAGGGGAUAGGAGGUGGAGGUCUGCGGAGACAACAGGAUGGUCGAAGCCUUAUUACCCAGUAGACAGACAGGGGAUAGGAGGUGGAGGUCUGGGGAGACAACUGGAUGGUCGAAGCCUUAUUACCCAGUAGACAGACAGGGGAUAGGAGGUGGAGGUCUGGGGAGACAACUGGAUGGUCGAAGCCUUAUUACCCAGUGGACAGACAGGGGAUAGGAGGUGGAGGUCUGGGGAGACAACUGGAUGGUCGAAGCCUUAUUACCCAGUAGACAGACAGGGGAUAGGAGGUGAACACUACUUCUUUUGCCCAGUGUAUACAGUACUGUAGUAACUGUGACGUACCGCUGGCCUUCUCUGUGUUGUUCGCUUCUUCUUCUCUUUCAGCUUUCGCCACAAAGCAGACAUACAUCAGCUACAGCAACCAUGUCAUCUAAGAGAGGAAGGCCAUCGUCGUUGUUCUGGAUGGUCACCUCAUGGCGGGUGAAAAUGUUCUUAUGCACUGGAAUAAAAUGGGAAAUAGAGGAAGAAAAUGGACAUGGGACAUGUUGUGAGGAUCACUAAAGGAUUUCCCAGGGAAUAGUCAUAAUAAAGGAAAGAGAGAAGACCACACAGAGAUGCAGAGAGGGACCCUCAAGGGCCCAACAGAACAGAUACAGUAUAAUGGUGAUGCUCCAUCUUGUCGGCCAUGACAGACAAGGCCAACACUUCCCCCCUGGCAGAGACCGGAGAGGAUAUGAUGCGGGAUGAGGCUUCUCCUCCCUUCUCGUUGUUUGCAUUGCAGCUUUAUUCUCUCUCUUUCUCUCUCUCUCUCUCUCUCUCUCUUUUUUUUCUUAUCUUAUCUGGAGCCGACCGGACUGACAUGCAAUCCAAUUGAAAGAAUCUGUUCAGGUGUAUGCCAUGCAAGGUUGUAGUCUGCCAGUGUUCUCAACAAUAAGGGACAUUGCUCUCAAUGCUUCAGGAAGUUGCAGAGCCACCAGGAUGAGCGUAAUCAGUCUUUAAUUUCAAGGAGGAUUUUAAGUUACAUAAUUAUUAUUAUUUUUUUUUUUAAAGGUAUUCCAGUUUAAAAAGAAAAUACUGGAUGAAAGAAACCAUUCCAACAAUGCAGGAUAAUUGUACGCCAUCAUAUUUUUGUUGUUUUUGCCUUACCUGUCUUCAUUGAGUUGACCCAAAAAAUUAUAAUGAUGUUGACAAAAAAAUAAUAUGGUCAUUACUGAUUUUGAGCAUGCCAGUUUGAACAUCCUGUGUUGUGUUGUAAAAAAAAAUAUUUGGAAUGCGUUCAAACUCUGUUGCAGUGUCGUUUCUAUUAUAUGUAAAUUCCAAACUGGUGAUGGUCUAGUGAGUGAUCUUUGUUUCUUUGUGUGAGGUGAGGCCCUGAUCUGUGUUACCAGCUAACCAAAGGCUACCACUGUCCUCUGCCCACUUUGCCCAUACUUUAAUACUGUAACUCCAGACUAAAACAAAGAGUCUCUCAGUACAAAUAGAGAGGUGUCAUGGUGGACUGAACACAGAGGUGCAGAAUGCCUCAAGAUAAAAACGUAAUAUUCCAAAUCUCUAAAUAUUAGCACUUCACUCCACAUACUGUUCUCAUGGGCAAUAACCUUCAAUCUGGAUAACAACACAAAACAAAUGAUAAGGCUAGAGAAAUGUAUCGACCAAUAUCACCAAUACAAUCAACACCCAAACAUGUCGGAGAGUAAGCAUGGAGUACCAAUCCCCAAAACAAUAUGAGACUCCUUGAUGGACACAUACGAUUUAUGCUUUUCACCACUCGGAAUGGUAAGUGUAAAAACCAACUUGCUAAAGUCGAUAAACAAUAAACUGGGCAUACUUGAACUAGUCAGUAAAGAUAUAAAGCAAUUGAAGGCGAGCCGCGAGAUCAGUGACGAAAAAGAAACAAUGGAGAAAGAAACAAACAAGCUAAAAGCUACAGUCAAAUACAAUUGAAACGGACGUUAAAGAACUUAAAAAGGAGAACAUGUUUCUGAGACGAGCCUUACUUGAAAUACAGACUAGAUCUAUGAGAGCAAAUCUGGUACUUACUGGUAUCAAAGAAAAAGAGGGUGAAGAUCCUGAAAGUGUGAUGAAAUAAUUAUGUCUUGAAGAGCUACAGAUCCCAGGCGAUACUGUUAACAAAAUCAAACUCUAACGUGUACACCGUUUAGGACAGAGAGGACAGAGAUAUAAGCACCCAAUCAUUGCCAAAUUUGCAUUCUUCCAAAAUAAAAUAAAUGUUAAAAGCCUAGGUGGAAGACUCACUGGCACGAAAAUAGGCAUGAAUGAUCAGUUCCCGAAGGAAAUUGCAGAACUGCGUAGUUUAUCUCGUCGUCGAUAAACUGUAUAUUGAUAACCAAUUGUUCCGUGUCACCAAAACUACUCCAUGGCUAUUCUAAAAAUUACAAAGUUCCCAUAAAGGAGUCCAAUAACGGAACAUCCAAUACUAUCCAUGGUAGUGAUUGUAAUAAUUUUUUGGGGAAAACUAGUCUCUCAGGCUGCAAGAGGCCCUAUAGUGAGAUACCAUCAAUGACCCCCAUCCAUUUCCAGCAGCUAUCCUACCGGUCACACAAAGGUACAGCUAAGUUGUAUAGAUCCAAAUCCAUUAAAUGGGGAGUAAAGUAUCCCCAGGGGAGUAUGCCAUACAGUAGUCAUGCACCCAAGAUGAUAUCCGUAAUGGAUAAAACAGUGGUUUUAUGUGGUAAAACAGUAGACUAAUUAAUAAAUAAAACAAUUAUCUCUGAGGACUGUGUCAUGUUUUGCAAAAUGCUUCAGCGAUAUACUAGUAAACUACAUGACCUCAAGCUACAGAAAGGAAUCUACUCAAGACAAAAUGCCAAAGGAUCCAGUAGUCCUUUCAGCCGCCAUCAGUUCUCUGAAUAAAUACAUCAGAAGUGGUUGCUGUAAAACUGAACAGUCCUUUAGUUUAUUUUAUUUUAUAUUGUGAGGUCAUUUGUGAUGUGAACUCAACGCUGCUUUUCCAUUAACCUCUGUAUUACUAAAAUAAUAAAAUAACGUGAGUGCUGACCGAAUGAAAUGGCAAGUUAAUGUACAUUAUUAAAUAGAUUGAUGAUGUCCGCUUUUAUGUCUUGACAAAUCUAAAAAGGGAAAAAUGUAAAGAAAAAAGAAACAGUGCCUGGCUAUCUGACUACGUAUUUGUAAAACCUAUUGAAAAGUAAUGAAGUGUGUGGAGCAUGUCCAUUUAAAAAAAAUAUACAA